AUGCCGGAGUCCAGUCGCGAAGGUCCCCAGGGCCAGCCAGAAGCUUCCUAUCGUGUACUCUUACAUUAUCUUCGUCUGACGCUUCACGCAGGAAAGUUCGUCCCGGCCACAGCAUUUUCCCUACACGACGCGGGUGACUCGCUGCGCGUCAAGAUCAAGCUUAAGGGCGUCGCCUUCGCCAACGGGUUCACGGACCCGCCAAGCAUGAUAGACUUCGGCAGCCGCUUGUACCAACUGGGCCUUGUGGACCGGAAACAGGUCGCCCACUUCGACCAAAAGGGAGACGUCGCUCUGAGCUUUAUCAAUGACGGCCGCUAUUACGAGGCUGCCUUCGUGGUCAACAACCUCAUCUACAAUCUGCCCAACGAAUACUAUAACCUCACUUCCGCAUACUUUAAUAACGUGACUGGCUAUGAGAGUUACUACAGCAUGCUCCAGAUCAAAGACCCUCCGGCUGUCGCAUCGUACGGGGACUUCGUCCAGACGCUGGCGGUGCGGCGAGCCCUUCACGUUGGUGAAAACGCGUUCCGAGACCGGAAGGACGUCGUGACCUACAUGAUAGGCGACAUCGUCAAGUCGGCAAAAUCUUACAUGCCAGUGCUGAUGGAAAACUACAAGGUCCUGAUGUACAGCGGUCAGCUCGACAUUGUCGUGCCGUACACCACCACGGCUCAAUUCGUGGCGACGAUUCCUUGGUCCGGGGCCGAGGCUUUGUCCGCUGCGCCGCGCAAAAUUUGGCGCUCGUCCUCCGAGCCGUGGUGGCGAGCAUCGGACUCUAAUUAUGUGGUGUUCGGCUACACUCGACGCGCGAAAGGGUUCAGAGAAGUCAUGAUACGUAAUGCAGGUCAUUUCGCGCCGCACGACCAACCUGAAGCAAGCCUGGACAUAAUGACAAGGUUCAUUUUCGACUUACCAUUCGCCGAUGGCGAAAACGUAUCCCAAAGGUAA